AUGCCCGACAGGUACCGCUGCAGCUGCUUCCCUGGCUAUGCUGUUGACCCCCAGAAGCCCACCCAUUGCCUGCUCCACUGCAACCGCAGCCAGUGCCCGGCUGCAUGCGACCCGCGCACCCUGUCCUGUGAGUGCCCCGAAGGUUUCUUGCUGGACCACGAAGCUGACGGCAAGCAGGUCUGCGUGGACAUCGAUGAGUGCGACAUGAACUUCUGCGAACACAACUGCACCAACCACCCUGGCGGCUAUGAGUGCCACUGCCAUGACGGCUACCAGCUCCUUGACCAGAACCACUGUGUCGAAAUCCUGGAGAAGGAUGGGGAGGGAGCGUUCUCGGGGGAUUUCGGUCCCGGACCCCAGACGCCUGUCCCCAGCCAGACUCCACCAAAGGCGGACCACCUCCACCCUGGCGUGCUGGUGGGCAUGGCUGUGGGUGUCCUCUCCGCGGCCCUGGCUGUGUUGGCCCUGGUCUACCACCUGGUGAAGAAGCGCUGCAGACCUCCCGCCACCAUAGAUUACAAGUGCAGCAGCCCCCACGAAAAGGAGAUGGGACUUCAGCCCGUUGCCUCAACGUGUCCUGCCUCCAGUCAGAAAUUGUAG